AUGGUUCGUUCCUACCUCCGACACGAGCCAACGUCUGCUUUUGGACUCAUCUGCUCAGCCUCUGCCAACUCGAUCCUAGAUCCCGACACCAAAACUGCGUUCGUACCCGCCUUAGAAGAUGUUCUCGUAUGGGAUGUACGACGAAGCACUCUGAUCGCUACCUGGCACGAAAUCGGUCAUCGAUCCAAAGUGACAUCUCUAGCAAGGUCGCCUACGGAUCCCGACACUUUUGCCGUUGGCUAUGAAGACGGAAGCAUCCGAUUGUGGUCUGCCGAGACCAACUCAACCUCUGUUACUUUCAAUGGACACAAAAAAGCUGUUGUUGCCCUUACUUUUGACAGUCAAGGUCUGCGCAUCGCCAGUGCAAGUCUCGACACCGACAUUAUCCUCUGGGAUCUUGUAGCCGAGACCGGCUUGUAUCGUCUGCGUGGUCAUCGCGAUGCUGUCACAGCAAUCGCCUUUGUUCUGCUUCCAUCGGUCUCGCACAACUCAGACGGUCCAUCUUCCUCGAAUGGAAUACAUGUCGAACCCAGCGCGUCCGGCUACCUGCUUAGCACGUCCAAAGAUGGACUCUUGAAGUUGUGGGAUCUAUCGCUCCAACAUUGUGUCGAAACCGUCGUUCACGGAUCCAAUGAAAUCUGGAGCUUGGCGGUCUCGCAGGAUGUACCGCUCGCCAUGCAGGCGUACGCAAGGAGUCAACAUACCGAGGACGAUGACGAGGACACCAACGAUCGUAAUGCCAAUGUGGAUGGCGGCGCUCUCGUCCUUACUGGAAGUUCCGACGGCGACCUCAAAGUGUGGGAAAUAUCUUCUGGUGCUCUUUCGCGCGGUCUUACGGCUGUGAACGAUUCGGUUCACGACAGGACCGAAAAGUUGAUUGUGCUCAAGGGGUCCAUUGCACUUUCGGGAAAGCACCGCGUCACUCAAAUCGAGUUUUGUGGCGUGCCCAAGCGCACGGGUAGAGCUGCCUUGGCUGCCUCAUCGACCGGGCAGGGCUAUAUCGCUGUCUCGAGUACCGACAAGGCUGUCCAAAUCUUCCGACUGCGCUCGACACAGGAGAUGGCUAAAAAAUUGGAGCGUCGCCGGAAGCGUAACAAAGAAAAGGCCGACAAAAGGCGAGCCAACGAAGGUGCAACUCCAACCACACCAUAUCCUGCAUCUGACCCGGCACAAGAUCAAGUGACUUGGACUGACCGGAUCGAGCCCUACACCAGUGUUCGACCCUUAGCAGGCAAGCUCAAGAGCUUCUCACUCGUCACGCCUCGUUCUGGCUCCGCAGCUUCCAGCAAGUUUGGGCUCAGCGUCCUUUGCGCGCUCACCUCUAACGCUCUUGAGAUCUACAGCGUGCCAUCUCCGCCGCGUUCCAAAGCGGAAAAGGCCAAUCCGAUUGAACCUGUUCUUGCCAGCGCACUCGAAGUGCCCGGACACCGAUCCGACAUCCGUGCUGUCGCUCUUUCCUCUGACGACAACUUGCUCGCUUCGGCGUGUGGUGCAGGUCAGCUCAAGAUCUGGAAUGUCAACACAGGUCGUUGCAUCCGAACGUUUACAUGCGGGUAUGCAUUGUCGGUAGCAUGGCUACCUGGCGAUCAACACGUCUUGGUCGGAUGUAAAGAUGGUACGCUUCGCAGCUUUGAUGUUCGAGCUGGUAUCGCCGUAGAGACGCUCGACGCGCACCAGGGUCCCCUAUGGAGUGUCGCCGUCCAACCAGAUGGUCUUGGCUGCGUCUCUGCGAGCGCCGAUAAGGAGGUCAAAUUCUGGGAGUUUGAAAUGCAGGUUCCCGAAGACGACAGCGACAGCGACAGCAACACCCACGUCGACGACAAGUUGGGCGAAGCAAAUGGCUCAAAGAAAGCUCAGCCCCCGCCUCAACUCGUCCUCGUCCAUGUACGAACCCUCAAGAUGACGGAUGACGUGCUCUGCGCUCGAUUCUCACCCAACGGCAAGCUCCUUGCCUUGUCGCUGCUCGACAACACGGUCAAAGUAUUCUUUGCCGAUUCGCUCAAAUUCUUCCUCUCACUCUACGGCCACAAGCUUCCCGUACUAUCCCUCGACAUCUCCAGUGAUAGCAAGCUGUGCGUCACGGUUUCCGCCGACAAGAAUGUCAAGAUCUGGGGUCUAGACUUUGGUGAUUGUCACAAAUCCAUCUUUGCCCACAACGAGAGCAUCAUGGGUGUCUGCUUUGAGCACGGUAUGCAAGGUGGCGGGCUGAUGGGUGGUCGACACGGUGAAUCGCACCACUUCUGGACGGUGGGAAAGGACGGACUACUAAAGCACUGGGAUGGCGAUAAUUUCCAGAUGAUCCAGCAGCUGGAAGGCCAUCAUGGAGAAGUUUGGGCGGUGGCACCGGGACAUACGGGUAAAUUGGUGGUUACGGCGGGAGCGGAUAGGAGUAUCAGGACAUGGGAAAAGACGGAUGAGCCUUUGUUCUUGGAGGAAGAGAGGGAAAGGGAGAUGGAAAGGGCGUUUGAGAGUGCCGGGCAGAGCACAAGGGACGAUGAACGCGCAAUUGGCGAGUUAGCAGACGGAGCCGACCCUGAUGCUGCGGCUACUGCGGGUGCAAGUGGACCGGAAGCCACGGCCGUGUCCAAAAGCACCCGCGAGACAAUGAUGGCAGGAGAACGCCUAGUGGAAGCGCUGGAAACGGCAGAUGCAGACAUCGCAGCGCGUACCGCCUCCCGCGCAGCAGGACAAGCCGAACCAGCCUACCACGCCCUCAUCACAGCCGAGUUCGAAUCCUCCCACUCGCGUUCGACCGUCGACGAAGACAUCUCUGCUCAGAAAUAUGUCCUCCGCGUGGUCGAAAAGAUUCUCCCUGCCCAACUGGACGAUGCUCUCCUCGUGCUGCCCUUCGACAAAGUCGUCUCGCUGCUUACAUACCUCGACUAUUGGGCACGCAAAGAAUGGAGCAUACCACUUGUCUCCCGUAUCCUCUUUUUCCUGCUGCGAACGCAUCAUCAUCAAAUCGUCGCCAACCGAGUCAUGCGUCCUACCUUGCUCGAUCUCAAGUCUCACCUCAAACAAGCGUUGGCAACACAGAAGGCCACAAUAGGGUUCAAUCUGGCCGCGUUGAAGUUCAUCAAGGCGCAACAUAUUGCGGCCAAGACGAGCGAGAUUUACGAACGGCAAGGGCUGGAUGUCGACGAAGAAGAGAUCAAGAGGAGGAUCGAAGCUAAUGCUGCUAGGAAGAGAAAGAUUCGGGUUGCUUAA